AUGUAAUUAUUGAAAUAAUUUUAUCAGAGUAGAUAUUACAAAAAAUCUCUAUAUGGUAUGAUAGGCUUAGGAGUAAUAGGAGCUGUCAUAGUAUUUUCAUCUAAAUUAAGAAAAUAAUAAUCAAAGUAGCAAUCCCUUGAUCAAUUUUAAUCUAAUGAAUAAUCAUAAUAAGGAACAAUAUUCAAUAAUUUAGAUAAAUGUUCAUUAUCUAACUUAGACUAAGUUAUAACAUUGAAUACUUCAAUUUAGCUUGAAAUUGAUUUUAAACAAUAAAUAUUAAUUGGAAAAGUAAUUCUAAAGAUGAAAGCUAUUAAAUAAAUAAAUAAGGUAUAUUUAGAUACUAAAAUGUUGGAUGUUCAGCAAGUAAAAGUUGAUGGCUAAAACACUUAAUUCAACUAUAAAUAAUUAGUGGUUAAGGAAUUAGGAGAUUAAUUAGAAAUACUUACAUAAAAAUAGGCAAAUGAAGAAUUCCAGAUUGAAAUCACUUAUUCAACAUUAUAAAAUGUUCACAAUGAAUAAGUUGCAUUAAAUUGGCUUCAACCAUCUUAAACAUUUGGUAAUAAACAUCCCUUCUUAUUUACUUAAUCAGAAGCAAUUUAUGCAAGAUCAUUAGUAUAUAUUAUAAUUUAUUCAAAUAGUUUCCAUGUUAAGAUAGUCCAUCAAUAAAAUCAACUUUCAAUAUUGAAUUGACUGUUCUUUCACAUUUAAAAGCAUUUGGAUCAGGAUUGAUAGUCAAAGAAACUAGUGAGGGAGAUAAGAAAACUUUCUAUUUUAAUUAACCUGUAGCAAUUCCUGCUUAUCUGUUUGCCAUUUGUGCUGGAGAUUUAGAGAAAAAACAAAUUAGUGACAGAACUUUUGUAAUAUCAGAACCUAUUUUAAUCAAUAAAUGUACUUAUGAAUUCUCUGACAUGGAAAAAUAUCUUUCAUCUAUUGAAGAGUAUUUAACACCUUAUAAAUGGAAUUAAUAUACAGUAGUUGUAUUACCAAAGGCUUUUCCUUUUGGAGGAAUGGAAAAUCCAAAUUUAACAUUUUUAUCACCCUCUUUGGUGGUGGGUGAUAAAAGUGAAACAGCAGUUGUUAUUCAUGAAAUGAUACAUUCUUGGUCUGGAAAUAGUAUGACAUGUUAAAAUUGGGAAUGUUUUUGGUUGAAUGAAGGUAUCACUACAUUUAUUGAAAAUAAAAUGGUUGGCAAAAUUUUUGGAAAAGAUUAAUAGACAUUACAUGGAUUAUUAGGAGUAAUUAUAAAUAUUAUUUUUAGGAUAAUAGUUUAGAGAAAAGUAUUAAUAACUUUGGAGCUGAUCAUACUUAUACUACAUUAUCUCCAAAAAUUGAUUAAUAAAAUCCAGAUGAUUGUUUUUCUGUGAUUCCUUAUUAAAAAGGAUGUUAAUUUUUAAGAUUUCUUGAAGCUUAAAUCGGAGAAGAGAAAUUUUAAUAAUUUAUAAGAUUAGUAGUUUCUUAAAAUACAUUAAAUUCAGAUUAAUUUAGAACUCUUUUAGAGAAAUUCCUUAUUGAAAAUAAUAUUUAAGGAGUAGAUCUUUAAUGGUAAUAAUGGAUUGUUAAUCCUGGAAUGCCAAAAGAAAAACUUAAAAUAGAUGAAUAGUUUAUUAAAAAAUAUUAAAAAUUAGCUGAUGAUCUAUAUGAAAAUUAAAUGUUAUUGUAAGAUUUCCAAAAAUUACAUUCAAAUGAAAAAUGUUUUAUAUUAGAUUUAUUAGGAAAUAAAAAUAUUGACUAAAAAUUAUUAUAGAAUUUAGAAGAAGAGUAUCAAUUAUUUGACUCAAAUAAUCCUGAAAUUUUACAUAGAAUUUUAAUCUAUGGAAUCAAAUGCAAUUAUCCUGGUGCAUUAGGGUAAUAAUAAUUUAUUAUAAUUUACUUAGAGAUAAGUUGAGUCAUUUUUUGAGUGCAAAUGGUAGAAUGAAAUUCAUAAAUCCUGUUUAUAGAAUUUUGGCUGAAAAACAAUCAGAUUUAGGAUUAAGAAUAUUUAAUUUAUGCAAGAAUAGUUAUCAUAGUAUAGCUGUGGCAUAAAUCUAAAGGAUGUUUUAGAAAUGA